AUGGCCGGUCCAGCCGCUCUACUUGUGUCCAUCAGGCAUCAGGCAGGGGCUCUCCGCACCCUCCAGGCUGCCACAGCCCCCCAUCCUCCCUGCAGCACUCCACAGCCUUCCCACACCCAAACCUUCAGCACCGGCAAGUCUGGCCCAGCUUGGCACAGUCUGCGAGAGGAGAUGGAGGUGUCUGAGCCUGGUGGGGCUCAGGAGCUGGAGGAAGAGAGAAAAGCCCCACAGAAAAGACCUAAGGAAGGAGAAGAGAGAGGAGACCUAUCUCCUCUCAGCCCAGGUGAGCCCAGGCCAGAGAGGCUGGCCCAGCCAGGGCUGGCAAGGCAUGAGACACUUCGAGAGACAGCUCUGCGCAGCAAGAUGUCCCGACUAGUAGAAGCAACUUCCCGGCUUGUACAAGUAGAAGAGACUCUCCUUCUCCCUCUCCUGCAGCAGCAUCCUCUUCCUCUCCAUCCAAAA